AUCAAAAUGAUUUGAACUCUCCUUCAGAGGGUCUGUACAACCGUACAACCACCAUCAACACUUACUAUGCCAUUGGAGGAGAAAACGGAGUUGUCGCCGCCACGGCACGAGAGCGAAGAUAGAAAGAGAAGCUCCAGCUCAGUCGAUGAUGACGCGAAACCAGAUGAAACCAAAGGUGGAAUGGGACCGUAUCUGCGAGUAUUUAGAUAUGCGGACAAGACAACCUGGCUGCUGAAUGUCGUAGCCUUCAUUGCUGCCAUUGCAGCUGGCACUCUGCUACCGCUUAUGGACUUAGUGUUUGGCAAGUUCGUUACCGCAUUCAAUGGCUUUGCAGUUGGGACAAUUGGACCAGCUGAAUACCGCUCUCAAGUCAACAAAUACACCCUCUACUUUGUGUACCUGUUCAUUGCCAAGUUUGCUUGUGUUUACAUCCACUCAGUACUGAUCUCCAUAUCUGCGAUCCGCACAACGAAGGCUUUGCGAAUCGACUUCAUCAAACACAUCCUCCGACAGAACAUUGCUUAUUUUGACGCAGACGCAGCUGCAUCUGUUACCGUUCAGGCUACGACUAACGGAAAUAAUGUCAACAACGGCAUCUCGGAGAAGUUGACGCUGACCAUACAAGCUGUAUCGACCUUCGUAACUGCUUUCAUCGUCGCUUUUGCAGUUCAAUGGAAGCUUACCUUGAUCACUUUGGGUGUUGUUCCUGCCAUUCUAAUCGUCACCAGUAUUUGCAUCGGUAUCGACACGAAGAAUGAGGCAGAGAUGCUUCCCAUAUACUCCAGGGCCGGAUUGAUUGCAGAAGAAGUUUUCUCGACUGUUCGCACGGUCCACUCUUUCUGGCUCAACCCGCUCCUGUCCAACAGAUACGACAAGCUCCUUGGUGAUGCUAUGGAAGUCGGUAUGAAGAAGUCGCCAAACUACGCAGUGUUAUUCUCAACUGAGUUCUUCUGCGUGUACUCUGGUUACGCCUUGGCUUUCUGGCAGGGUAUCCGUCGGUACCAGAGUGGUGAGAUCAGUGAGUCUGGCGAUGUCUUCGUAGUCAUUCUUGCUGUCAUUGUUGCUGCGACAGCAAUGACUCAGAUUGCACCCCAAAUCCUUGCAUUCACCAAAGCCUCAUCCUCGGCAGAAGAGAUUUUCAGGACCAUCGAUCGACAGUCCGAGAUCGACCCACUCAGCGAAGAGGGUAAAGUUCCUGAAACAUGCACUGGUGACAUACAGAUUGAGGGUGUGAGCUUUGCCUACCCUGCUAGGCCUGACGUUACCGUCUUAAAGGGUCUGCAACUUUCAGCUCCUGCUAACAAGACGACUGCUCUAGUCGGUGCAAGUGGAUCCGGAAAGUCCACCAUCAUUGGCCUACUAGAACGGUGGUACGACCAGCCGAGUGGCACAAUCUUCCUCGAUGGAGUUGAUAUUCGAGAACUCAACUUGCAUUGGCUGAGAACGAACGUUCGAUUGGUGCAGCAAGAGCCCGUGCUGUUCGCAGGAACAGUGUAUGACAACGUCGCUUACGGCCUUUUUGGAACGCCAAAGGCCAAUCUGCCUGCAGCCGAACAACGUGCACUAGUUGAAAAGGCUUGUAAGGAUGCCUACGCCGAUGAGUUUAUCGAACGUUUGCCGAAAGGGUACGACACUCAGCUUGGCGAGCGAGCAAUGAACCUUUCUGGUGGGCAGAAGCAAAGACUCGCUAUUGCACGCAGCAUCGUCUCUGAGCCUAGGGUUCUACUUCUAGAUGAGGCUACAAGUGCACUGGAUCCCAAUGCUGAGAGGAUUGUGCAACAAGCCCUCGAUCGGGUAUCGAAGGAUCGAACGACAAUCGUCAUUGCGCACAAAUUGUCCACGGUUCGUAACGCAGACAACAUAGCUGUCAUGGCAGAUGGGGCCGUAAUUGAGCAAGGCACUCAUGGCGAUCUGCUCGCUCGCAACGGUGCAUACUCUCGCCUUGUCAGGGCGCAAGAUCUUGGCAACGCUGGUGCUGGAGACGACGAGAGCAUGGAAGAGAAGGAAAGCGCCGCCAGGAUCGAGCUUGUCCGCACUCAGACGCAGGCGUCUGGCGUCGAGAACGCUGCGAAACAGCGUGCGAAGGACGGCAUUCACUACAAUCUCUUCCACUGCAUUUGGAUCAUUUUCAUGGAGCAGAAGCACCUUUACAAGUGGUUCUUGGUUCUCAGUUUAGCGACUCUAGCCGGAGGCGCGACAUACCCCGCUCAAGCUAUUCUCUUCUCCCGAAUAGUUCAGGCUUUCCAACUAGCCCCAGGACCAGCUGUAAAGCAAGGCGACUUCUUCUCGUUGAUGUUUUUCGUUGUUGCACUUGGUAAUCUGGCAGUAUUUGCUGCCAUAGGAUGGGCAAGCAACAUCGUUGCGCAGCACGUAUCGAGGAGGUACCGGCGCGAAAUCUUCGACCUUGUUCUGAGACAAGACAUGGCUUUCUUCGACGAUCCAGCCAAUGCAGGUGGAGCGCUAGCCUCGAAUCUCUCUUCUUACCCAACGAGUAUCCUAGAAACCAUGGGCUUCAAUGUCAUGCUCAUCUUGAUCAACAUCGUCAACGUGUUGUCAAGCUCCAUUUUGGCCAUAGCUGUCGGCUGGAAACUCGGGUUAGUGGUCGUCUUUGGAGCCCUACCGCCACUCGUGUCUGCUGGCUACGUUCGAAUCAGACUUGAGUUUAAACUAGAAGAAGAGACCGGCAAGCGAUUCGCUAGCAGCGCGGCUUUGGCCGCCGAGGCAGUCUCUGCGAUUCGUACAGUCUCCAGUCUAGCAUUAGAGAAGUACAUCCUGGAACAGUACCAGGAACGUCUGGACGGCGUUGCUCUCCGAUCCACAAAAGCUCUUGUGUGGACCAUGUUCUGGUAUUCCCUUUCGCAAUCGGUGUCCUUCCUAGCCAUGGCAUUAGGUUUCUGGUACGGUGGCCGCCUCAUCAGCUAUUACGAGUACACAACAACGCAGUUCUUCACUGUGUUCAUCGCAGUCAUCUUCUCCGGAGAAGCUGCUGCUGCCUUCUUCUCGUACACUACAAGUCUGACCAAGACAACAACCGCCGCCAACUACAUUUUCUGGCUACGUCGACUGCAGCCUGCUGUACAAGAAGAUGCAUCGAAACCGCCCUUCGACUACGGCAAAGACAAAGGCCCAACACACAUUGAGAUUCAAGAUAUUGCUUUCGCGUACGAGUCUCGACCUCGUGCCAAAGUGCUUGAGGGCGUGGACGUUGAUGUUCACCCUGGCCAAUUUAUUGCAUUCGUCGGCGCGAGUGGCUGCGGCAAGUCAACGAUGAUUUCGCUUCUCGAACGUUUCUACGACCCCGUGUCCGGACGCAUAUUGUGCGACGGUACCGCUUUACCUGAACUGUGUCCCCACAAGUAUCGAAGGGACAUCGCUCUUGUGCAACAGGAGCCUGUACUGUAUCAAGGAUCGAUCCGGGACAAUAUUGCCAUGGGUAUCGAAUCAGAAGUCACAGAUGCUCAAGUUCAGUUUGCUGCCAAACAGUCCAACAUUCACGACUUCAUAACGUCGCUUCCCGAGGGCUUCGCAGCGCUAUGUGGUAACAGGGGCACACAGCUUUCUGGUGGUCAGCGCCAACGCAUCGCCCUUGCUCGCGCGCUCAUUCGCGAGCCUCGUCUGCUACUUUUGGAUGAAGCCACGUCUGCACUAGACACAGAGUCGGAGAAGAUCGUGCAAGCUGCUCUCGAGAAAGCGAAGAGCGGUCGCACCACCAUCGCAGUCGCUCAUCGUCUGAGCACUAUCAAGGAUGCUGACUGUAUUAUUGUGUUUGCAAGAGGAAAGAUCGUAGAGAGCGGCACGCACAAAGAUUUGCUGGCGAAGCGUGGAGUGUACUAUGAGAUGAGCCUAGGGCAGAGUCUCGACAGGCAGGUACCGAACUAAGGCGUGUGUAACAUAUAGCAUAGACG